AUGGCAGCUCAUUCAAAGCACGACAUGCUGCGCAUGAUUGCUGCGAGGGAUGUUAGCCCGCUGCCCCUUCGGGUGUGUGGCGAUCAGCUUCAAAUGUUAUAUCAUAAGAUAUUUCAGCCUCCGGAUCCGCAACAAGGCUUCGACACAAAGCUUGGUCUUAUGUGGAAUUUAAGAAAAUUUUCGUAUUUUCUUUACAACAAGAUGCCAAAUUCCCUUUGCCAAGGCUGGAAUCUCCUCGACAAAUUGCUGCCGAAAUUUAUAAUUACGGAAGAUAUAUUGAAAGCUUGCGCAGAGAGCCUGAGCAACCUAAUCAUGACAAAAGACGAACAUAGGAGACUUCGGGAUGUCCCUUACCUCCUGUGGGCGAAACAAAAAUUCGAUGACAGAUGUAAGGGUGCCACGCUCCGUUUGCAAACUCCCCUCAUCCUCGCCAUAGACCAGCGGAACCAGAGACUACAGUCCAUCAGAGAGCACCGGUCGCAGCAGGAAUUACCUGCCGAAGAGGAGGCGGCCGUACCAAACGCGCCUGUUCGGUUUUGGAAUUGGUGCGGCACCACGGGGUCCAACAGUAUGGACUUUCUCGAUGUGGUAAACAUCGAUGAUAUACGAAACUUUCCUCCUCCCCCCGACAAGAUCGAAUCAACCGACCGGCCUUGCGAUUAUUGUGCGAAGCCACUAGCGCAGUCGGAGCUGGAGCGAAAAAAUUGGAUUCGUCAUGUUUUCGACGACGUCCGACCCUUCACCUGCCUUUUCAUCGAAUGCGACAAACAAAAUACCUUUUUCAAAGAUUUCGAGUCGUGGGACAAGCACAUGAAGACGAGCCAUUCGAAGAGGUGGCCGCGGGAACUCUGUCCGCCCGUCCCCUGGGAAUGCUGCGCGUGUGGCUCUUUGGCGAGUUUUAAAUACGAGGCUGGUUUUCAGAAACAUCUCGGAGAUAGACACGGCAUGUGUGGCAACGGCAUGUGUGGCACGUGUAUGGAUGAUAUUUUCGAAAGGAGUAAAGCCAGGAGAGAUGAAAUCCGGAAAAAUUUGCACAUGUGCCCCUUUUGCUAUGGGUGCGUGACACUGACUGCUGAUGAGCGCGCCGCUCUCUCCGAGUCAGGGCGCUCCGAAUGUUCUGUGCUGUGCGAAAAGCUGAAAAGACACAUUGCUUUGGCGCUGUGUAAUCUGGCAUUUGACACGACUUUGACGAUUCAGGAUGAGGAUGGGACUGAGACGUCUGAUAAGGAGGAUGAGUGGGUCGAUGAGGAAGAUGAGACGAGCGAUGAGGAAGACUUGACUCUCCUGGUCCUAUGA